UCAACAAGUGGAAACGUGACUGGUGGAAGUGGCCAAUUGAUUGAAACUGUAAAUUGCUCAAAGGACUUCUCAGCUGAAAUGUCCACUGUGUGUUAGAAAGUUGUUCUACGAGUGCAAAAAUUGUGUUGUGAAAAGCCAAGUGGAUAAAAUGCAAUAAAUUUUACGUAUUGCCUGCUUAUUUACAAAACCGAUAUGAGUCACACAAUAAAGGAAUUUCGAGUUCUAUGGUUGCUAAUAAUACUAAUCUAUAUAAAAGUUUCAGGCGGCGAAUUUUAUGACGUGAACUCUAAUUCCGAUAGUAAUUCAGAUGACGUUGGGGGCCAUUCGCGAACACCCCCGGAGUACCACGAGCAUAGAAGCGCGGAUGGAGAGGGUGAUGCGAGUACUAAUCGCGAAAAUAGGAAGGGGUUAACAGUGCCGGAAAUAAAUUUUCUAGCGAAGCUAAGACAACGACAGCGGAGUAAGCAGGUGCUUCCCGCGAUUGUUGUAUCACAAGAAGAUCAGCCGGAGGUUUCUGGAAUCGAUAACGACUGGCAGUUGGGAUUACUGACGGGUAUGAAUCUUCCGGCAAGCGACGAUGUCAAUGAGUUGGCGUCUUUCGAUAAUGACCUUAGAACCGUGCUUGAAUUUUUGGCCCAAUACAAGGGCAAACUCCCCGGAGAGGAGCCGCCUGUUGCGAGUGGUGAAUUCAAUGACAAUGGAAAGAAGCGUGCGGCUGCGUUAAGAUCUAGUAUGGCCAGGCGAUCUCAGGGUUUUACCACGGGCAAGGAACGUUUCGCACCAUCGAUCAGUAUUGGUGAGUUUUACGGAGCUCUCACUAACUUGGGCGACUUUUUUCAACACCUGAAACAUAACCUUGAAUCGUUGGAGUCCAAGAAUUUAUCUCACGACCAAGUAAAACUCUUGGAGGGUCAGAACAUGAUUUCGAAUCUUCGGAAAGAAUUUAUCGAAGAUUACCCCAAACCUGCAGGAAGUGCGGCGUUUCUGCACGCUAUUCGGAAUUACCGUCCUUCGCACCGAAUACGAGCCCUGGUGUCGUCCGUACCAGAUCUGUACCGAGGGACCAAUUUUCACGAUCCGGUGUACAAACUUGCCGGACUGGGAAAAUAAGCUUUCCAAUGGUCUAUCGUCCACUACCUCUGCUCUCGUGCUAAUGAUUCGUUAUGAAAACGGUUGUGCAUAUCAUCAACAAAUGAAAUCAAACGCUAACGAUUGUUAUUACCACUCAUUUCACACUUUGUUGUAAUUAAGCCGACAAACGCUUGAAUUGGCCCCGCAAGCAUAAUUAAUUGUUUUUUUUUUAUUUACGAAGUGAGUGAAGCAGCUGAAAUAGGGAAGGCAAAAUGAUCUGUGACUUUAAACAUAACGAAACAAUAGUAUAAUAGUCCAUUUAAGAACAGUGCUGAUAUAGGUCACAACAAAAUGUUAAUAAGAGGACGUAUUGUAAAUUAAAGCUAUGCAUGUCACUAGACUGUAUUCAAUAAAUUUACGCUUUUGAUG